AUGAAGCCCACUUCAUCCCUCGCCACUCUUUUCCUACUCGCUGUUUCGACCAGCGCUACCCCCGCAUUCGAGAAACGAGCUCAAUGUCAAGCCAGUUUGGAUGUCGCGACUGCUGUGGCUGCGCGCCUUCAGUCUCGCUAUUACAACCCUCCCAACGGAGACUACAGUGGAGUGCGCUGGACCGAUGCUAACAACAUUGAAAACGUCCACAAUCUGAUGCUCGCGACUGGCUCCGAUCAAUGGUCUACUCUGGGUGAUGACUCUUACAUUGGCAGACUUGCCCUGCUCCAGCACAACGCCGGUAUAAACCAGUGGGCAAGCUAUGUCGAUGGCAGUUGGGACGACUCUCUGUGGAUUGUCUUAGCCCUGUGGAAAAUUGCCGACUACAAGGCGGCUCGAGGGCGUGACAAUGCAGCAUUUAUUGAAAGCGGUAUGACUCUAUAUAACAUGGUACAAGCAAGCUGGGACAACACUUGUGGUGGCGGCGUUUGGUGGUCAAGCGCCAAUGGCUACAAGAACUCUAUCACCAACGAGCUAUUCUUGCUUGUCUCUGCUGUUGGGGCUAUCAACUUCCCCGGUAACUCCGCAUUCCUCACCAACGCACUAAACGCUAGGAAUUGGAUCAAAAACAGUGGGCUUCGCAAUGCUCAAGGCUUAUUCAACGACGGUCUCAACUCCGAAUGCGGAAACAAUGGAGGAACCGUUUGGAUCUACAAUCAGGGCGUUAUCGCAGCAGGUCUUGGAGCUCUCUAUGCCACUACCAGAGACGAAUCCCUCAUUGUUGACGCCGAAAUCACCCUCGAUGCGGCUAUCGCUACCUUGACCAGCGGUGGUAUCCUCAAGGAAAUCUGUGAUGAUGCUGCGUCCUCCCGUUGCAACGACGAUCAGCAUGCAUUCAAGGGAAUUUUCAUGAGAAUGCUCCAAUAUUACCUCGAUCGAGUCAACGACCCGGCCCGGACAGCCAAGUACAGCGGUUUCAUUCACGCGCAGGCAUCCGGCGUCUAUCACUACGGCACCAACGGCGAGAACGACAUUGGUAGCGUUUGGUAUGCACCCAGUGCAGGCGGGUCCAUCUUCAGCUCUACUUCCUCCGGAAGCGGUCUUGCAGCCCACGUCGUCAACGCAAAAUAUGGCCCUUGCGACGCUCCUCUAUAA